ACACGCAAUGAAACAGAACACAAACCUCACGCAAUUAUGCACAAUUUUAGUACUUACAAUAUCCAUGGUCACAAUAGUAUUUGCAUCCAAUGAAUCCUUUUCUUUAUCCCUACCUGGGUGCAAAGACACAUGUGGAAAUGUAAAAAUUCCAUAUCCAUUUGGAAUAUCCAAUUCAUCAAUACCAAAUCAAGGUCCCUGUUACCUAGAGCGCAAAUUUGAACUCAUAUGUGAGAAUGACAAAAAAUUAAUUUGGGGCAAUCUAGAAAUUUCCAACAUAAGCGUCAUCGAAGGACACGUUGAAGCGUGGUUUUUCGUUUCUAGCUAUUGUGGUAGCGAAAAUGUAACUCAUUUCGCCAGAUUAGGCAGUACUUCCGGGGUCAGCAUAUCACCCAGAGAAAAUAAGUUCUUAACAGUUGGUUGUAACAGUCUCGGUGUUCUCAGAAGCAUUUACGACAAAGAAAGAUAUUACACCGGCUGCUUAACAAUAUGCAACGGUACUCGAAACAGAAUUGAAAACGGAGCAUGUUCGGGUAUUGGUUGUUGUCAAGUUGAUAUUCCACCUAUGAUGAGGAAUAUAACUAUACAAGCUUCUAAUUAUCUCGAUUUAAACGAAUCUUUGGGAUGUAGCAAUUCGUUUGUUGUUAAAAAUGGAUUUUAUAAUUUCACUGUUUCUGAUUUGGACAAUUUUCCUUAUGAGAGGCUUCCUAUGAUUCUUGACUGGAGUGUUGGAAGUAAAUAUUGUAAUGCUUCAAAGAAUGAAGAUGAUUAUGCUUGCAGGAAUAAUAGUGAUUGUUAUGAUAAGGACAUUGAUUUUGGUUACCGAUGUAAAUGUAAGCAUGGUUAUGAAGGAAAUCCGUAUCAUCCAGAUGGCUGCACAGACAUCGAUGAAUGUAAGUCACCAACUAACACAUGCAUAAAUGAAGAUCAUUGUCGCAACAAGGAUGGGUUCUAUGAAUGUUUCUGUCCUGAUGGACAAUCUGGAAAUGGAACAAAGGAAGGAGGGUGUCAUAGACGAGAUGUUAUUACCAAGGUUGCCAUUGGAGCAAGUGCUGGAAUCAUUAUUCUAUUUGUGGUGAUUUCUUCUCUAUACUUGACAUACCAAAAAAGGAAACUCAUCAAGCUCAAGCAAAAAUUCUUUCAAAAAAAUGGUGGUUCCAUUUUGCUACAACAACUGUCUACAAGUGAAGACACUUCGCAAGCAGCUCAAAUAUUCACAGAAGAGGAACUUAAGAAAGCCACCAAAAACUACGAUGAAAGCUUAAUCAUUGGCAGAGGAGGUUUUGGUACAGUUUACAAAGGAGUUUUACCUGACAACAAAAUCGUCGCUGUAAAAAAAUCCAAAAUAAUUGACGCAAAUCAAAUUGAGCAAUUCAUUAAUGAGGUAGUUGUUCUGACCCAAAUAAAUCAUAGGAAUGUUGUCAAACUCCUAGGGUGUUGUCUAGAGACAGAAGUUCCUUCAUUGGUGUACGAAUUUGUUAGCAACGGUACACUUUUCGAUUUCAUACAAAGCACUAAAGAUAAAACAAAUAAUCCAACAUGGAAAACCCGCUUAAGGAUAGCAGCAGAGACAGCUGGAGCUUUAUCGUAUCUACAUUCAUCUGCAUCAAUUCCAAUUAUCCAUAGAGAUGUUAAGAGUACCAACAUUCUCUUGGAUGACAAUUACACUGCCAAAGUUUCCGACUUCGGAGCUUCAAGAUUGGUUCCACUUGAUCAAACAGAGAUAGCAACAAUGGUGCAAGGAACACUUGGAUACUUAGAUCCCGAGUAUAUGCAAACACAUAAAUUAACCGAAAAAAGUGAUGUUUAUAGCUUUGGAGUAGUUCUUGCAGAGCUUCUAACAGGUGACAAACCUCUUUCUUUUAAUAGGCCAGAAGAGACCAUUAGUCUUGCUAUGCACUUUUUGUCUUGUUUAAAACAAGAUAAAUUUUUUGAAGCUAUUCAAGUUGGAUUUGUGAACGAUGAUAACAAGAAAGAGAUUAAGGAGGUUGCUAUUCUUGCUUCAAGGUGUUUAAGACUUAGAGGGGAUGAAAGACCUUGUAUGAAGGAAGUGGCAAUGGAGUUGGAUGGCAUAAGGUUAAUGGAGAAGCAUCCUUGGAAUGAUACAGAGCAAAAUUUUGAGGAGAGUCAACGCUUACUUCAUGAGGCAUCUUGUAGUAUUUAUAAUGAAACUGGUGAUAGCUAUAACCUUGGAUAUAAUGGAUAUGAUAGCUUGAAAGAUCAAUCAUUGAUUGCCUUGGAUGAUGGAAAAAGGCAAGGAACAAUGGAAAUGAAGACAAAGAUAUCACAACUAUGCCAAAUUUUAAUUGUUGCAAUAUCCAUGGUAAGAGUAUUUGCAUCCGAUGAGUCUCUUCCUUCAUCCCUGCCCGGUUGCAAAAACACAUGUGGACAUGUCAAAAUUCCAUACCCUUUUGGAAUAUCCAAUUCAUCAAUACCAAACCAAGGACCAUGUUUUCUAGAGCCCAAAUUCAAUCUUACAUGUGUAAACGACACAAAAUUAUUGUUAGGCAAUUUACAAGUUUCCAACAUAAACAUUCUUGAAGGACAACUUGAAUUGUCGUUUUUUGUUGGAGGUUAUUGUAAUAGCACAAAUUACAAUCGACCCACGUUAGGCACUGCCAGUUACACCAUAUCAAGAAAGGAAAACAAGUUUGUAACUGUUGGUUGUGAUAGUUAUGGUUAUCUCAACAGCAUUUACAAUCAAGAAACAUAUUCAACCGGUUGCUUAACAAGAUGUAACGGUAAUCGAAAUCGAAUCGAAAAUGGAACAUGUUCGGGUAUUGGUUGUUGUCAAGUUGAUAUUCCACCUAUGAUGAGGAAUAUAAGUGUACAAGCUUUUGAUUUUCCUAAUUCCACGGAUUCUUUAGGGUGUAGUUAUUCAUUUGUUGUUAAAGAUGGAUUUUAUAAUUUCACUGUUGAUCAUUUGGAUAUAUUUCCCUAUAAGAUGCUUCCUUUGGUUCUUGAUUGGAGUGUUGGAAGUGAAAAUUGUAAGGCUUCAAAGGGUAAAGAUGGUUAUGCUUGCAUGAAGAAUAGUGAUUGUGAUGAUGAAGACAUUGGUUUUGGUUAUCGAUGUAAAUGUAAGGAAGGUUAUGAAGGAGACCCAUAUCAUCCAGAAGGAUGCAUAGACAUCGACGAAUGUAAAACUUCAAAUAACACAUGUAUAGAUGAAAGUCACUGUCGCAACACGGAUGGAUUAUAUGAAUGUUUCUGUCCUGAUGGACAAUCUGGAAAUGGAACACUUGAAGGAGGUUGUCAUAGACGAGAUAUUGUUAUCAAGGUUGCCAUUGGAGCAAGUGCUGGAAUCAUUAUUCUAUUUGUGGCGAUUUCAGUUCUAUACUUGACGUACCAAAAAAGGAAAUUAAUCAAACUAAAGCAAAAAUUCUUUCAAAAAAACGGAGGUUCUAUAUUGCUACAACAGCUAUCAACAAGAGAAGACACUUCGCAAUCAGCUCAAAUAUUCACAGAAGAGGAACUAAAGAAAGCCACCAAAAACUACGAUGAUAGCUUAAUCAUCGGCAGAGGAGGUUUUGGUACAGUUUUCAAAGGAGUCUUACCAGAUAACAAAAUCGUCGCUGUCAAAAAAUCCAAAAUAAUAGAUGCAAAUCAAAUUGAGCAGUUCAUUAACGAGGUAGUUGUUCUGUCCCAAAUAAAUCAUAGAAAUGUUGUCAAACUCUUGGGAUGUUGUUUAGAGACAGAAGUUCCUUCGUUGGUGUAUGAAUUCGUUAGCAAUGGUACACUUUUCGAUUUCAUACAUAAUACUAAAGAUAAAGCAAACAAUCCAACAUGGAAAACACGUUUAAAGAUAGCAGCAGAGACAGCCGGAGCUUUAUCGUAUUUACAUUCAUCUGCAUCAAUACCUAUUAUCCAUAGAGAUGUUAAGAGUACCAACAUUCUCUUAGAUGACAAUUACAAUGCAAAAGUUUCUGAUUUUGGAGCUUCGAGGUUGGUUCCACUUGAUCAAACCGAGAUAGCAACAAUGGUACAAGGAACUCUUGGUUACUUAGAUCCGGAGUAUAUGCAAACACAUCAACUAACAGAGAAAAGUGAUGUUUAUAGCUUUGGUGUAGUUCUUGCAGAGCUUCUUACGGGAGACAAACCUCUUUCUUUUAAUAGGCCAGAAGAGAAUAUCAGUCUUGCUAUGCACUUUUUGUCUUGUUUAAAACAAGAUAGAAUUUUUGAAGCUAUUCAAGUUGGUAUUUUAAAUGAUGAAAACAAGGAGGAGAUUAAGGAGGUUGCUAUUCUUGCAGCAAGGUGUUUGAGACUAAGAGGGGAUGAAAGGCCUAGCAUGAAGGAAGUGGCAAUGGAGUUGGAUGGUAUAAGGUUAAUGGAGAACCAUCCUUGGAAUGAUUCAGAGCUAAAUUUUGAGGAGAGACAACACUUACUUAAAGAGGCAUCUUCUAGUAUUUAUAAUGAAAUUGGUGAAAGCAUUAACCUUGGAUAUAGUGGGUAUGAUAGCUUGAAAGAUCAACCAUUGAUUGCCUUAGAUGAUGGAAGAUGAUUGUGAUAUGUCAAAAUAUGUAUACUUCUUUUGUUGUUUUAUUGAUUUUAGAAGAUUAGUGAUUAGAUUUGGUUUUAUGUAUGA